GUCGCAGUUUCAUCUUCUCAGCCAUUGGCUGCAGAAGUAACCAAACAUGGCGACAUAUUGGAAAAUGAGACCCUAAAGAGUUAAAACAACCGUAAACUUUUCGUUUUGUCCUGCGUUUUUCCCGCAGGUGAAGAUGUCAGGUUUCAGCAGCGAGCUAAUUGAUUACCUGGAAGGUCGAAUAACCUUUGAAGAGUUCGAUAGAAGAAGAGAUGAGAGGAAAGCCGAGCAGGAGUCCGAACGAGGUGAAGAUGCUGAAGAAGACGCUCAGCCCUGUUCCUCUGCGCAGAUCCUGUCACAGCCCGAGGACGGGGUCAGCCCUGGAGUUCAGCAGGCGUUUGCCUCCAUCCUGGGAGAGUCUGCAGAGCCGCCAUCAUCAGAGGAAGAGGAGGACAGCUUGAGCUAUGUGGAUGAUGAGGAUGACAAGGACUUUGUAGUAGAAGAUAAGGGCAGCGACGCAAAGACCGGGAAGGGGAGAAAGAAGCAUCAGCGAGGGGAAGGAUGUGGGAGGCGGACACAGAAACCAAAGGAGGAGGCAGAGGAGGAGGCAGAGGACGUGACGGUCGGAGAUGUUUUUGCCCUGGAGAUGGAGCUGAGUCGGGAAAACAAGAAGCAUAUGAAGGGGCGUCGUCAUGGCAGCAAACUUCCUACAGCUUUGCGCGGUCUCAUGGGAGAAGCCAACAUUCGCUACGCGCGAGGAGAAAAAGACACAGCUGUCCAGAUGUGCAUGGAAAUCAUCCGACAGGCUCCUCUGGCCUACGAGCCUUUUUCCACGCUGGCCAUGAUCUAUGAAGACGAAGGAGACACCGACAAAUCUCUGCAGUUCUCUCUGAUUGCUGCUCACCUCAACCCGUCCGACUGUGAGGAGUGGAUCAGGCUGGCGGAAAUGUCUCUGGAACAGAACAACAUCCGACAGGCCAUCAUCUGCUACAGCAAAGCCAUCAAAUACGACCCCACCAACGUGCGCUACCUGUGGGAGCGCUCCAGCCUCCACAUGCGCUUGGGAGAGCACAAGCAGUGCAUGGACGGCUACCGGAGGAUCCUGUCGCUGCUUCCUCUUGAGGAUGGGGAGCACUUCAUGCAGCUGUCCAAGGACAUGGCUAAGAGUUACUAUGAGAGCAAUGACCUGCCCUCGGCCCUGAGCGUCAUAGAAGAAGGUCUGUCACGACACCCCAGUCUGGUCGGGGACGACUUCGUCAACAUGGCGGCUGAACUUUACAUCUCCAGCCGGCAGCACAGCAAGGCCUUGCAGGUCCUGGUCAAGUUCACAGAUGUGGUUCUGGUAAGGGAGAACGCGACAGCUGAAGUACCCUACCGUGGCGAGGAGGCCGCUGAGAAGAAAGAGGCGAACGACAAGGGAGCAGCAUUAAACCUUCCAGAAGAAAUGCCUGCUGAGAGUUGCGGCGAUAUCAAAGCUGUUCAGAUAGCAGACAGCGUCCCAGUGGACCUCCGAGCCAAGCUGAUGGUCUGCCUCAUCAACCUGCAAGUCUUUACGCCUCUAGAGCCGCUGGUGUUGUCGCUGAUGGAGCAGAGUCCAGAGGAGAUCGGUGACCUGUACCUGGACGUUGGUGAAGCUUACCUGGAGCAGGGUUGCUACACGUCUGCACUGCCUCUGCUGUCUGCACUCGUCAUUUCCGACAAAUACAACUUAGCUGUUGUCUGGCUGCGUCAUGCAGAGUGUCUGAAGGCUCUGGGCCACAUGGAGGCGGCAGCAGACAGCUACAGCAAGGUGGUGGAGAUGGCGCCGCAGCAUCUGGAGGCUCGGCUGUCCCUUGCAACCCUGCAGCAGCAGCUGGGACACAUGGACUGUGCUCUGAAAGCCUUGGAGUCCAUGUAUGACAGUGACACCCUGGCACAGGACUCAAGCGCUGCACAAAAGGAGUUAAAGCUUUUGCUGCAUCGCUCAACACUACUGAAGACCCAAGGCCAACUGCACGACUACCUGGAUGCUGUGAUCUCCAUGAUCUCCAUGCUGCUUAAGGUGGCCAUGCAGAGAGCUAAGGUGUGUGUACGUGCCGUCCCUCUGUCGGGAGUGACUCACCUGAGGCUGCAGAAGCUGGAGGAGCGGCUGCCGGAGAUUUCCGACCAUGAAACAGCGUAUUCAGACAACAUGUGUAAAACCAAUGUCCUGUCCAAAGAGGACUGGUGGCAGCUGCUGGUGAGCUGCAUCCUCACCCUGUGCCAGCUGGAGCGCUACGACGAGGCCGACCUCCUGGUGGAGUCGGCCAUGGAGUUCUACUCAUUCUAUGACAACAAGCCCAGGCGGAGGGAGCUGGAGUGCUUCGGGCUGUCUGCCACCAUCCUCGACCACAACUACUGCAAGGCGUACAACUACAUCAGGUUGAUGCUGAUAGAAAAUGUGAACCUCCCUCAGCUGUGGAACAUCUUCAACCAGCUGACGAUCAACUCCCAGCACCAGCGCCACCACCGCUUCUGUCUGCGCCUGCUGCUGAAGUACCCCAACAAUCACGCCUUGUGCGUGCUCUGUGGACACAACGCCAUGGUGUCUGGCAGCUUCAAGCACGCUCUGGGUCAGUACGUGCAGGCCUUCCAGACUCACCCCGACAACCCACUGUACAGCCUCUGCGUGGGGCUCACCUUCUUCCACAUGGCGUCUCAGAAGUAUGUGGCCAAACGCCACGCUCUGGUGCUACAGGGCUUCUCCUUCCUGUGGCGCUACGUGGAGUUGCGAGGAGAGAGUCAGGAGAGCAUGUACAACCUGGGCCGCGCGCUGCACCAGAUGGGCCUCACACACCUGGCCAUCCAUUAUUACCAGAAGGCUCUGGAGCUUCCUGCAAAGACACUGAGCGGCAUCGCAGACGAUCAGGUGGAUCUCCGGCGGGAAAUCGCCUUCAACCUGUCGCUCAUCUACCAGGCCAGCGGGAACAUGGCCGUGGCUCGGCAACUCAUCUACACGCACUGCACCGUUUAACAACAGCUCCUCCCCCUCAAAUGUCUACAAACCCGGACAGACAACGGCAGAGAUGGAAGUUUUUUUUACUGAAGUUAAUGAACUUAUUGCAGACUAGUCUGUGCUUGAUAUUGUCUGCCUAAACACGUCGGUUCUGUUGGGUUAUCUAUUACCCACCUGUUGGUUCAUAAACGUCUGGUUAACGAUUUGUGAAAAAACCAACCCACGUUCUACACCCCCCCCCUCCCUCCAAUACACCAGGGGGGGGGCUCAUGCAAGCCCAACUCCAGUUGGACAUUUGUACGUCAGAACCAGCUCCUUUACUCUUUUUUCUACGUUUCCUAUUGUUUUCUAUUUUAUUUUUUACAGUUGAGGCUCCUUUUUUUUUAAUAAACCCCUUUUGCAAUUGAAACUUUUGGCAGUAUUUAUAAUGUACUCUAUUUAUUUUUGGUUGUAAUGGCCCUAAACAAAACCCUAAUUAAGUCCAAUUUGACAUUAAUUUGCAGAAACAGUGCAGAAAUGUUUUCACACGGGGCGGCUGUGGUGCAGGUCGACCCCUAAUUGGAACAUUGCAAUUUCAAUUCCCGCCUUGCCCGCCCAUGUGUCGAAGUGUCCUUGGAGCCGGCCCUGGGCAAGACACCGGACCCCACAUUGCCCCUGGGGGAAGGGUGGCGCCAGUGUGUGAAUGGGACUUGGGCCCUCGAGGAAGCUAGAAGAGCGGCUUACAAGCACCUCUAUUUAACAUUUAGUGCACUUGGUAUUUCCUGCUACAAAGAUCCUUGCCUUCAUUUCCUCAAGCAUCUCCUGUUGACCUUACGUGUUUUAGGAAUGUUCUCCAACUUCUCUUCCGUCUCCACACAUUAGAACCUGCUGGAGUAUGCGGCAGAUGGAAAAUAAAAUUUAAAUCUCAUAAGAUA